AUGGAUGAGGAACUUUCAGAAUUAUGGAACAAAUUUUCCUUAACUGAAGAGGAAAGGUAUGAGAUAGUUAUUACUGACCAAGAUAUAGAGACCAAUAUGGAGAGAGGGAAGUUAUGUCUGGUGGGAAAAGUAAUAGCUGAUAAAAAAAUUAAUAAGGAUGCUUUUAAGAAUAUGUUGGUAAAGGUGUGGAAAUCUUGUCCUGGACCAAAGAUUAUUGAAGUUGGAGAAAACCUUUAUGUGUUUGAAUUCCAAACUGAGAAAAUCGGAGGUCGAAUUGGAUCUACAAUAGGUAGAGUUAUUGAGGUGGAGGCUGAUUCAGAUGGGAAUUGUUGGGGGAAGUGGAUUAGAGUGAAAGUUGAGAUGGAUUUACUGAAGCCUUUAAUAAGAGGAAAGAUUGUGGAACUGCUUGGACAGAAAAACUUUAUUCAAUUCAAAUACGAAAGGCUUCCUAGAUUUUGUUUUAAAUGUGGGGUUAUUAAACAUGGAGUGCAAGGAUGUGUGGGGAUGUAUAACCAGCAGGCAGAAAACAAAGAAUACAUGAUGCAACAGUAUGGCUCAUGA